AGCUUAAAGAUUUUCGCCUUCAACUAGAACCAAACAUGCGAUACUAGUUUAAUAAGUUCAAUCAUUGCAAUAACCCCCAAAAUGGCUGUUCGACACCUCGGUGAGUUUGUCGUGAUUGUAUGCCUGACGUUGGUCACAUCUGGGUCCUCGUACGCGGAACAAUUACCCAAUGUCGUGUUCAUUCUCGCUGACGAUUACGGAUUCAACGACGUCGGCUACCAUGGUCGAUUGCACGGGUCUGCGAUACUGACGCCGAACCUGGACCGGCUCGCAGGCGAGGGUGUUAAGCUAGAGAACUACUACGUUCAACCGAUCUGCUCUCCAACGAGAAGCCAGCUCAUGUCAGGAAGAUACCAGAUCCACACGGGUCUCCAACACGGCGUGAUCAGACCUCCCCAGCCGAACUGCCUCCCGUUGGAUGAAGUCACGCUCCCGCAGAAACUCAAGGAGAAUGGCUACGCCACUAACAUGGUCGGUAAAUGGCAUAUUGGCUUCUACUUGGAUGCUUGCUUGCCAACUGAGAGGGGCUUCGAUUCUUACUUUGGAUACCUGAUAGGAGCUGAAGACUAUUACACGCACAUGCGCUCCUACAAUGUCGGUUCCAAGACCCUAUCAGGAUACGACCUACACGCCAACAAGACAACUGUCUAUCAAUACAAAGGACAGUAUUCCACCCAUCUCUUCACGAAUAAAACAAUUGAUGUCAUAGAGAGGCAUGACAAGACAAAGCCACUCUUCAUAUACCUUGCAUAUCAAGCUGUACACUUUCCUUUGGAAGUACCUGACAGCUACAUGGACCCAUACAUGAACAUCACAGACAAAAACAGACGUACCUAUGCCGGAAUGGUAUCUUGCAUGGAUGAAGGUGUAGGAAACGUCACAAGAGCUCUAAAGGAAGCUGGUCUUUACGAUAAUACCAUCAUCAUAUUCUCAACAGAUAACGGGGGUCCAAUCCAAAGCGGUGCCAACAAUUGGCCACUUCGGGGAAGCAAAGGAUCCCUCUGGGAGGGAGGGAUCCAUGGAGUGGGGUUCGUACACAGCCCUCUUCUACCAACGUCAGUCAAAGGAACGGUGAAUCAUGAAUUGAUUCAUGUGAGCGACUGGCUACCGACUAUUGUAGCAGGCAUUGCAGGUGGAGCGUUGAAUGGAACUAAACCCUUAGACGGCUACAAUGUCUGGAGCUCUAUCAGUGGUACAGCCUCGUCCCCUCGAAAGGAAAUCUUGCACAAUAUCGACUCGCUUUACAUCGCUCCCGAGAUUCUACCGAGUUACUUUGAUGGCGAGGAUUUUCUGUGGCGAUUUUUGGCGCGAGUUUUGGAAGACAAAUUCGAUACGUCAAUAAGAGCUGCGCUACGCGUCGGAGACUGGAAAAUAAAGACAGGGCCAGACGCAUCGGCAUCCGAUGUGUGGCAGCCGCCAGCCGAGUCCGGACUCCAUACGAUAUAUCCGAUAGAGAAACCGAACCAAAAGGUAUGGCUCUUCAACAUAACCGCCGAUCCUCUGGAGCGAACCGAUCUUUCAGGAAAGUAUCCGGAUGUUGUCGAUGAGUUUCUUCAGAGAUUAGAGGAGUAUUACAAAGGUUCGGUUCCCGUGCGGUAUCCAGAUCCGGAUUUGGAAGCGGAUCCAGCCUUGCAUGGCGGUUCAUGGGGUCCAUGGGAGUAAAUCCAUAGCAGGUUUAAGGUGAAACUGCUUCAAACGAUAAAAAUAGCAGUGGUUCUACUAGGACCCGACCCCCCCCCCCCCCUGACCCAUAUAUGACAUGAAAAUGGUUGGAUAGAGAAGAGGAAUGAACAGAAAAGGAAAAAUAAAAUGGAAAAAAUAAACUGGAAGAAGAAAAGAUGAAGCAUUGGCUGAGCUAAUUGAUUUGUCAGAUAAUUUCGUAGCAAAACAGCUCAUCAAAAUCCAGGUGAAAUUUGUGUUUGUUUGUCGUAGAACUUUCGGACUUUCCCUCCAUCCUGUGGCAGAAAAUCCUUGAUCCACCAAUUCACGUUGCAGUAACCCAACGGCUAACAAGACCGACAACAAGUAAUUUUACGACAAGUAUUAACCCUGAUUUAAAAAAAAGAAGAAGUUGUUGUUAUUUACAACGACAAAUGAAUACAAUUGAUCUAGACAUCACAGAAGAAUCUGUUAAAAAGCAGAGGUAAAAUAAAAAUGUUAUUUAUAUUUACUAUUUCAUUAAACUUUUGAUGUAAGGUUCAAUUGAUACAUAUUCUGAAUAAAUUCUAAACUCGG